AUGCCGGCCGUGGAUGUCUCGGUGUUGUGCGCGACGGAAAUCACAGGCGUGUCGCUGCGGAAUUCAUUCUGCGUGUACGUGCGCCUUCAAGGUCAGGCAAUCCGCACGAAGUCCUCCAGCGCUGACCACGUGGGUGAGGUGUACUUUGGGGAGCGGUUCCGCUUCCAGUACCACUGCGACACGGCCCGCCCAAGCCGCAACCGCUUGUUCGUGGAACUGUGGACCAAGACGCUCUUCUCGCAAAGCUGUGUGUCGGUUGCGUGGAUUGAGAUGACCGAGCAGCGCUUCGUGCGUGGCGAGCAAAUGCGCGUGAACCUGCGCGGCACCUUCGAGGGCAGGAGGGCCACACUCAGCAUUGCCAUCACACCGCUGGACUUCGGCGAGAGCCUCUGCAUGGUGCAGCAGCCGAUGCCGGUGAUGUACGGAGUGCCGGUGGAGGGCAUCCCACUUGCAUCGCCCAACCCGUACACGAGCGCUGCCUACGUGCCGAACGCGUCCGCCGCUGCGCUGGAUUCAACGUCGUGCGACAAGUGUGAGGGGCCCACGCAGCCGCCGCAGCCGCAGGCCUUUGUUGGCGCGUCGCUGCCGCCGCCGCUCUACCCGAGCCUCUCGCAGAGCAUGCAACAUCACCCCUCUGGCGGCGGCCAAUACUGCAAUGCGGCGUCGACGGCGAGCCAGAUCGCCAAGCGCGACCACAGCGUGGACUGCGUGAAGCCGAAGCAGCUGUAG